AUGAGCCUCGUACUACCGGAGAAGCGCCUGUGCCGCGCGCAGCCUGAUUCGGGGUUGCCGCCAUCGCAGCUGCUCCUCCUCCCCACGUCCGUGCAAUGGCGAAUCCUGGACCUCCUAGACGCUCGCUCGCUCGUUUGCCUCUCGGGCUCGUGCCGCGAGCUACGGACCGCCGUCUCCGCCUCCGCUGAUCCGCAAGCCGCGCUUCGAUGGCGCCGCCUGUGUCAGGCAAAGCUUGGUCCGUGCCUGGGCGCGCUGCACGAGGCGUUCGCGCGCCACCAGAUGCGCCAGCGCCUGAAGUCCUCGCCGACCUCUUCGCUCCCCCCGGUCGACCAUCCGCGCCUGAAGCCCCAGCAACCCCAGUCGGCGCUCGAACACGGCGAGAAUCCGCAUUUUCAGGGGGAGAAUCGGAGUCAGCCCGAGCAGACGCCGGGACCGCCAGCGCAACAGGGUCAACUGCAGGAGCAGCCGCAGUCACAGCAGCAGCAGCAGCAGCAGCAACAGCAGCAGCAGAAACAGGCGCAGUCACUGCAGCAGCAGCAGCAGCAGCAGCAGCAGCAGCAGCAGCAGCAGCAGCAGCAGCAGCAGCAGCAGCAGCAGCAAGAGCAGCAGGAGGAGGAGGAGCGGGCGAGCAGCAGCGACAGCGCCUGGCAAAUGGCGUGGCAUUGGAGCUGGGAACCACCCCCGCAACUUCCUGACCUCGCCACUCUCCCUACCCGUGACCCCGCCCGCACCAGAAGAUCAACGUGCUGCUCGGUGGGAAAGCGGCCGUUUCGGCGAUCGGCGGGGCUGCGGUCGCGGUCGGGGGAGCUGUCGCUUGCGCCGAUGGCUGCGGCAGCGGUGGCGGAGGGAUACGGCGAGACGUGGUUCUGGCAGCGGCUGUUCGGCGCUGCUGUGCGCCCGCGCGACGUGCAGUGGUGGCCGGAAGGGGGGAACGCAUUGCGCCAGAGCCUCAUAUCGUCGUGGCGCGCGGAGCGCGCUAAAUCGGGAGGCGCAGUCCCCUCCGCGGGGCUACAGACAGCGCAGCUGCUGCCGCUGUGUCGGCAGGCGGACAUGGGCAUGCGCGCGGGUGCAGGCGGAAGCGCGGGCGCGGGGAACGGGAAGGGGGGCGGGGGGGACGCGGAAUGGCCAGCAUAUGACGAGUCAGCGGCGGCUGCGCUGGAGAUGCUCGAGCGCACAGGGCACUCCGCCACUCAGGUGGGCGAGCUGCUGGUGGUGGUCGGGGGAUUGAGUCGGCAGGGACAGGCGACAAUAGACGUGCUCGUCUUCCACCUCGCCUCGCUCGCUGCCUGGCGCCCUGCCGUGCACACAUGGGGGGGAGACGCGCUGCCCCGCCGCCGCUUCCGCCACACCGCUGCGCUCAUUCACCCGCCUGCUGCGCUCAGAGCGGGGGGGUUUGCACAGGAGGACGAUCCGAUUCUGUUCAUGUUCGGCGGAUACGAUUUGGAGGGCAACGUGCAUGGCAUGGAGGGGGCCUUCUUCCUCUGCCUCUCCACUGCAGGCCGAAUCCGAGGCAACGUGCAUGGCAUGGAGGAGGCCUUCUUCCUCUGCCUCUCUGACGCAGGAGCCACUGCCACGUGGCGCCGUGCGCACACCAGAGGCACCAUGCCCUCAGCGCGCUUCCACCAUGCCAUGGCUGCCUAUGCUAACGGAUCCAAAGUGCUCGUCUACGGAGGCGAAGGACUGGCAGUCAAUGACUGGGACGUGGUGGGAGGAGUGCGACAGGAGGGCACGCUGGCACAAGGGGAAUCACCGGUGGCAUGGGAGAGAGUGUGGAACAGUGUGGGCGGUGAACAGGGCAAUGGGAGGGCAAGGAGGCCAGCCAGCGAGGAGGCUCAUGGGGAAGGCGGGCAUGGGGAAGGCGGGCAUGGGGAAGGCGAGCGUGGGGAGGGUGGGCGUGCGCUGGUGGUGUACGUGCUGGAUGUGAGCAGUAUGACAUGGUCGCGCGUGCCCACGCAUGGGGUGUGCCCUGGUGUGCGCAUCCUGCACUUCGCCACCACCUACACCUGCGGUGGUUCUGGCAUUGAGCAUAUGGUCAUCUUCGGCGGGUACAGGGACGACAGCACCAACCUGGAGACCAUGCAGCCCUAUGCUCUCAACCUUGCCUCCAUGGAGUGGCGUCGUGCCCGCUCCUCCGCCCCCACGCCUGCCCAUCUCCCGGAGUCAAACCGCGCUGCAGCAUACCAGCCUAUCGCUCGCAACCGCAGCGGCCUUACCAAGGUGGGGAACGACACGUUGCUGCUGACAGAGGGCACCAUCUAUGACACCCGCAGCUACCUCCGCGAUGUGCACGCCCUGCACCUGCCCUCCCUCUCCUGGUCGCCUGUGAGGGCACAUGGGCAGCCAACAGCGGGCCCCAGUGGAGGCCUCACAGCAGAAGGGCUCAUCGCCUAUGGCGGCUGUGUGCUAGGCACGUUGGGCAUUCAACCAGUGGCGAGGGUGGAUCCCAUGAUCAUCGGCUCAUGGGGUGCACUGUCCCCACCGCAGCCCCAGCCUCCCCCCGCGCGCACCUGCUGCCGGCCCUGGCUGCGCCUCUCUGCUGGCCUCUCGCUGCUGCCGCUUCAGCCCAUUGAACUUGUCUACUCCUCCACCUCCCCACCCGACUCUGCUGCUGCUGCUGCUGCGAUGGAGAAAGCUACCGUGGCCCAUGGAACAGGAGGGGCUAGCAAAGGGGGUUCGGCUGACAGGAGUGAUUUGCUUGGCAGCCCCAGUGAGGAGGACUGUUCUGCGCCUGCGGUAGGCCAAGGUGGGAUGGCCGUGCAGCGUGUGGGCGUGGAAAUGUGUGUGUGCUGUGCGCUGUUCUACUCCUUGCCUUGCCUCUCAUGUGCUGGUUGUGAUAGAUUCCCCGGUGUUCUUCUCGUCCUCCUUCCGGCCCCCCCUUGUGCGUUUCCAGUCCCCCCUGCACCGUCAGGUGUAGACGAUCUCUCCAUGUGGACUCUUCGCUGUGGUGACUCACCAACAGCAGCAACAGCAGGGGCAGUACCAGCAGCAACGGCAGGGGCAGUACCAGCAGCAACGGCAGGGGCAGUAUUAGCAGCAACAGCAGGGGCAGCAGAUGCUUCUGUGCUAUUCCAAGCAAGUGCUCGUGCGGAGCAGGAUCAUACGCACAUACCGUCGCCCCUGUGCCACACUGCCUUCCGCCUCCCGCAUCUCAAUACCGCGCUCCUGCCCUCCUCUUCCCUUCUUCCCCUGCACAUGUCUCCCGCAUCAUCCCCUUCUGCAACCCUGCCUACUGCUCUCCCUACCGAUGCUGCCUCCGUACAUGCUCCUGCUGCCCCUGCUGCGGAUGCUGUUGCCUCUUCGUCUCCUCCUUGCCCUUUGUUUGCCAAAACGUCUGCGAGUCAACCGCCAGACGCAUCAACAACGGCGGUGGCGGCAGCAGUUGCUGAACUUGACCCUCUAAAGCUGCUUCUUCCAACCCCUGCUUCUGCUCACACACACAUAUCACUGCCUUCUGCAGUGUCUCUCUCCCCUCCUCUCCUUUCACUUUCGGAGGAAAGAGGAGGGGAAGGGAGGCCAGGAGGAGGAGGAAGAGGCGGAGUGGGGGCGGGAAUGAGUAUUUUGUUAGCAGCACCAGAGGAAGAGGGAGCAGAGGCAGGUGCUUGUGCUACAGCGACCGGCUCAUCUGCCUCCGCGGCUGCAGCAACAGCAACAGCAGCAGCAGCAGCAGCAGCAGCAGCAGCAGCAGCAGCGGUGGGAGAUGUAGCGUCUGCGGCAGAAGCAGCAGAGGCGGCGGCACAGGCAGUGGCAGCGGUGGCGGCUGCGUGUGUGAACAUUGCGCUCAUGGUGCGCGAUGUGCGGCAAUCUCUGAUCAUGCGCAGGGGAGGGGUGGGGGACGAGGAGGGCGAUGCUGCUGGUAAGCACCUGUAG